AUGAAGAAAGACAACGUUAACGUGCUGUCUUUCACACUGUGUCCUGCUUUACUCUCUCUCACAGCGAUCUUCCUCCCUUUAUGUGAGUCCUUCAACUAUAGCCAAGCCCUCUCCCAGAGCUUCCUCUACUUCGAGUCACAGCGUUCAGGACACUUACCCUACAACCAAAGGGUCACUUGGCGUCACCAUUCUGCCCUCACUGAUGGCCUAGAACAAGGGGUGGACUUGGUGGGAGGGUACUACGAUGCAGGGGACAAUGUGAAAUUUGGGUUGCCCAUGGCAUUCACCAUAACACUCCUCUCAUGGGCAGUCAUUGAAUACGGCCAACAAAUCGACACUGCCGGCGAGUAUGCUCACGCGCUCGAGGCCAUCAAGUGGGGGACUGAUUAUUUCAUCAAGGCCCACACACAACCCAACGUUCUCUGGGUAGAGGUGGGUGACGGGGACACUGAUCACUACUGUUGGCAGCGGCCGGAGGACAUGACGACAUCACGGAGAGCUUUCAAGGUUGACGCCGACAACCCCGGUUCGGAUGUGGCCGGCGAGACGGCGGCGGCGUUGGCUGCGGCAUCCAUGGUGUUUAGGAGAACAAACCCACACUACUCUCAACUACUUUUGCAUCAUGCACAGCAGUUGUUUGAGUUUGGUGACAAGUACAAAGGAAAAUAUGAUGAGAGUGUUGGAGUGGCUAAAGGGUAUUAUGCUUCGGUUAGUGGCUACAAGGAUGAGUUGCUAUGGGCAGCUAUUUGGCUAUAUAAGGCCACCCUGAAGGACAAAUAUUUAAACUAUUUUUUGGAGAAGGCUCAUGACUUUGGGGGGACCACUUGGGCCAUCACUGAAUUCAGCUGGGAUGUUAAGUAUGCUGGUAUUCAAGCUAUUGCUUCCAUGUUCUCAAUGGAAGAAAAGAAGCAUGAAGUCGUACUCAAACAGUAUCGUUCGCAAGCCGAACACUACCUCUGCGCAUGCCUCAACCUCAACAACGUGAGUAACGUGGAGCGCACCCCAGGAGGGUUACUGUACACCCGCCAAUGGAACAACAUGCAAUACGUAGCAACGGCAUCGUUUCUUCUCACACUGUAUUCUGAUCACCUCCUAGCCACACAUCAGAAGCUGCUUUGCCAAAAAGGAGUGGUGGGUCCCCACGAGAUGUUUGCCUUUGCAAAAUCACAGGUUGAUUACAUCCUGGGUUCUAAUCCAAUGGGUAUGAGUUACUUGGUAGGCUACGGUCCCAAUUUCCCCCAGAGGGUGCACCAUAGGGGCGCAUCCAUUGAAUCAUUAAAGGAAAACAAGGGUUUUAUUGGGUGCACUCAGGGUUAUGAUAACUGGUAUGGACGCGUUGAACCCAAUCCAAAUGUACUCAUUGGGGCCCUGGUUGGUGGGCCUGAUAUCAAAGACCAAUUUAAAGACGAGCGACCAAAUUACAUCCAAACAGAGGCUUGCACCUACAAUACUGCAGCAUUAGUAGGGGUUUUUGCUAGAUUGCAUCAAUCACAAGCUCAUACUUAUCACAAUGAAACCCCUUUGAUAGCUUCUAUCUAG